AUGGCCGAAGUUCCGCGCAAUGUUGCGGAGGGCACCGAGCGGGUGAAGAAGGGGCUGCCCGCCAUGCUGAAGGGCGGUGUGAUCAUGGAUGUCAUGAACAAAGAGCAGGCCAAAAUUGCGGAAGAGGCGGGAGCCUGCGCUGUCAUGGCGCUGGAACGUAUCCCAGCUGACAUCCGCCAGAGCAAGGGAGUGGCCCGCAUGUCGGACCCAAAGAUGAUCAAGGAGAUUGUGAACUCCGUGUCUAUCCCGGUGAUGGCGAAAUGCAGGAUCGGACAUUUUGUUGAGUCCCAGGUCCUGCAGCAGAUUGGUGUAGACUGCAUCGAUGAGAGUGAAGUACUCACAGUUGCAGAUGAGGGCAACCAUGUCAACAAGACCAAGUUCAAGGUCCCUUUUGUGUGCGGCUGCCGAAACUUGGGCGAGGCGCUUCGACGCGUCGCCGAAGGCGCCAGCAUGAUCCGCACAAAGGGCGAGGCUGGAACCGGCGAUGUCGUGGAGGCUGUGAGGCACAUCCGCACUCUGCACAAGGAGAUGCGGAUGGUGCAAAUGAUGGAUGAUGACGAGCUCUUCACGUACGCCAAGGAGAUUGGCGCUCCCAUUGAUCUUCUGCAGCAGGUCAAGAAGACUGGAAAGUUGCCAGUGGUGAACUUCGCAGCCGGGGGUGUUGCUACUCCAGCAGAUGCGGCCCUGUGCAUGCAACUUGGUGUUGAUGGGGUAUUCGUGGGAAGCGGCAUCUUUAAGUCGGCCGAUCCUGCUAAGCGUGCUCGUGCCAUCGUCAAGGCUGUUACCCACUACAACGAUCCUCAGGUCAUCGCUGAGGUUUCGGAGGACCUGGGUGAGGCCAUGACAGGCAUCAACUGCGACGGCCUUGUCACCCGCUUUGCGGACAGAGAGGGUGGCAACAUGCCUUCCGCCAAAAAGGCCAGGACUGAGUCCUAUGGAGACCACAAAGGCCUUGCAGGAACGGCUUUCUGA